AUGGCUAAGCUUGACGGUGGCCAGUGGUAUAGCGUUGCCUUGACCUCUUUUCUCGCCGCGGUCAUUUUACGUCGAUACGUAUCUCGUUUGUUCCGUUUAUUUCGAAAGGCAACCAAGCACUACCACGAACUUGUCUUCCUGACCACAGGACUCUUAUUGUUUCUGGCAGGAAAUAUCUGUCUCGUGCUGAUCAACGUUUCAGAUAACGAUGACCGUCAGAAAAGAGCUGCGACUGCCGGUGCGUUUGGCCUUUGCCUAAUACUGAUCCCGGGUCGCACAAACGUGCUAGCUCAGGCGGCUGGCAUAUCUAUCAACUCUUACUACCUUACCCAUCAUUGGGUUGCCUUCAUCGCGGGAGGCCAAGCUCUUGGGGUUUUUGUUUCUCUAUUAAUCCACAUCUUAUCUUCGUCCGUCAACCAUUACAAGAUAAUCUGGAUCUCAGGCUACACUCUCGUCUGGGCCGUCAUGUUUUUCUUCCGCAUCAAGCCGGCCUUUUCCAGGCAAAACGGUCGCGUUGAAUCGAUGACCGAGUUUCAGAGCGCCGCUGUCAUACGUGUCAAGUUAUCUGAGGAGAUUCCCAUGUACCCGGGUGCCUACUACUACCUUUGUUUAAAUAAUGGGCGAUUUUAUAGGUUGUUCGGGUUGCCAGUCGUAUUGUAUUCGUGGAGUUCUGUUUGUGGUUCCUAUCCCGUCCAGCUUCAACUUCCGGAAAACGACAGAUUCGUCAAUGGAGACACUCAGAAGAAUGCUUCCUCAUCAAAGCAGCCGCGCCUACAGCAAGACAAGGCGCCUACGAAGGGUGGAAACAAUGACCCACCUCGGCUUACACAGCCACUCAAGGGUAUAUGCGCAGUAUUCGGAACAAGUCACGGCGGUGAUCUAGUGACGGUCUCUCAGAAGGUUUUCUUGGACGGGCCGUAUGGAAAGGAUAUCCACCUCGAGAAGUUCAAGACAGUCACGCUGAUAGCGGAGGGCUGCGGUAUCUUUGGGGCUUUUCCUCAUGCUAUGUUUCUCGCUCAGCACGCAUUCCACAACCGAGACGAGAGAAGGAAGAUGAAAGACCAGAAAGAUUUCAGCCGAUCGGUCGAUAGACUUUACGGUGAUAUGACCAGAAAAGUCAACCUAUUUUGGAUCCUAGAGUUGCAGGCGCAAGACCGGUUAGCCACGAGAGAGCUUUCCCAGCUAAUGUCCCUCGACGAAGGCCAUGCUCUUUUGCAUGUCUACAUCAUGUAUCCAAAGCCAAUCACAGGCUCUGAGGACACUUUGAGAAUACCUGAACACGUUAAGUGGAUGCGAUCACACGGGACCAAGGAGCACCAAUACAAACUCUUGCGCGAAGUCCUCGCCCUGGACUCUUACGGGGCUGAUUCCUCAGCGAUUCUUGUCAGUGGGAACACAGAGUUCACCGAUGCUAUCCAUAAAUUCGUGCUUCAAUCGGGAAUAGAGACGCGAGUUUUCACGUCGGAGUAUCCUGAAAGCGAAGACCAGACAAAUGCUUACAGGCGUGCCUCCAAAAAUGGAAAUUUGAAUCCAGAUGUGGAAAAGGGGAAUGUCAUUCGUUCAGGGGUACAUCAGCCCACACUAGUGAAGCGUAGGAUUCGCGUGGAGAAUAUCCGUCGGGUACCUUGACGAUCUUAUUUGUUACCGGUCAUUGGGUUUCUCUCUUCUUAGUUCUUAGUUCUUGGUUCUCGUUGUUGUGUUUUUGAUUUUUGUUUCCAGUAUCUUGUUCAUCUUUGUCCGAAUUCUGAUAGCUGAUCACGCAUAGUCAAAUGAUCAAGGCCG